AUGCCCCGUAAGGCGGGCAAGUUCGUCGAGCUGCAUACUUUAACCAAUCUGGAACUGAGACUAAAUCGGGUUCAGUUGGAGACGGACAGCUCUGGUGUUGCUGCAAAGCUGAACUGUGAGGAGAAGAACAGGUCAGUGCAUGGUCCUCUGGUUGAGGAGAUCAAGAAGAUGCUACAAUCGAUAGAGGACUGCUCAGUUAAGUGGGCAAGGCGAUCGGCGAAUGAUGCUGCUCACAAGCUAGCAAGGGAAGGCUGCGUGGAGAAUCCGCCGCCGCCGCCCGCCUUGGCAUCUCGCCGCCGCGCCCGGUCGCCGCCGCCGCCUCUCCUUCACCAGCUCCGGCCGCCCGCCCUCCAGGCCGCCCGUCCGCCUCCCGAGCCGCCUCCCGUCGGCCGCCUCCCGUCGCCUCGCUCGCCGGCCGCUGCUCAGGCCGCCCGUCCGCCUCCCGGCCGCCUCCCGUCGGCCGCCUCCCGUCGCCUGCUCGCCGGCCGCUGCUCCCGGCCGCCCGCCCUCCGGGCCGCCCGUCCGCCUCCAGAACCGCCCGGCCGCCCGUCCGCCUCCAGGCCGCCCGGCCGCCCGUCCUCCAGGCCGCCCGUCCCGAUCGAUUUGGAGAUCGAUCUGAUCUCCUGA